AUGGCCUUGUUAGAGGAAGAUGUUGGAUUCCACUCCAGCAUACCCGUGCCACUGGAUGUAACUGUGGCUGUGGUCUACUCUGUUUUUGGAGUAUGUUCACUGUUUGGAAACAGCACACUGUUGUACAUCUCCUACAAGAAAAAGCACCUCCUGAAACCUGCAGAGUACUUCAUCAUCAACCUAGCUGUUAGUGACUUGGGCCUGACUUUGUCCCUCUACCCCAUGGCGAUAACUUCAAGCUUCUACCACAGAUGGCUGUAUGGGAAAACAGUGUGCUCCAUAUAUGCUUUUUGUGGCAUGUUGUUUGGCAUCUGCAGUCUGACCACUCUAACCCUGCUGAGCAUGGUGUGCUUUGUGAAAGUAUGUUAUCCGCUCUAUGGGAACAGGUUUAAAUAUGUUCACGGCUGUCUGCUCAUUACCUGUGCUUGGGUGUAUGCGCUGCUGUUUGCCUGCUCCCCGCUGGUCCACUGGGGGAAAUAUGGACCAGAGCCCUACGGUACUGCCUGUUGCAUUGACUGGCGCCUGUCCAAUCAGCACACCACAGCACGCUCCUACACUGUGACACUGUUCAUCUUCUGCUACAUCCUUCCGUGCUGCAUUAUUGUAGCAUCCUACAUAGGCAUUCUGGUCACAGUGCAUGCAUCCCGCAAGAAUAUGGAGCAGCAUACAUCGAGGCUGACACACAUGAACGGCAUCCAGACAAUUAUUGUUAAGCUAAGUGUUGCUGUCUGCAUCAGUUUCUUUGCGGCAUGGAGUCCAUAUGCUGUGGUGUCCAUGUGGGCUGCCUUUGGACACAUUGAAAACAUCCCCCCUCUGGCAUUUACCAUGCCAGCCAUGUUUGCCAAGUCCUCUACCAUCUACAACCCAAUCAUCAACCUAAUGCUGAGGCCAAACUUCCGCAGAGUGAUGUGCAGAGACAUGGGUAGUCUAUGCCACGCCUGUCUAAAGGGCUGCUUCUGCUCCAAGGGACCAGCUAAGUGCUGCUCCAAGCCAGAGAUCAGGGUCAAACUUCACACAAUCCACAAACAGACCAAUCAAUUCCCUUCAUCCAACUCCUUUGCUCAACCUCCUGUAGUAUUAGUAAAGGACCACAGCUGUGAGAAGUGCAAGGAUGCUUUCGAAUGCUUCAGACACUACCCUCAAAUGUGCGGUGUCACUAACUGUGCCAAUGGUGGUGACUCAUCAACACAUAAGCAGAAGACUCAAAGUGUGUGUUGCAAGAAGUCUCCACUGGCCACCAUGUGUGCGAAAAGGACUUCAGAAAUAAACAACUUCAACAUUAAUUUAGAAAUGGUUCCAGGGCAUGCAAAAGUGGCUUGGCCCUGAUAUUUAUCUCAGUUUAUAAUGUUUACACAAUGAGACUAGACAUAUUUUGCAGGUUAUGUUCUUUCAGACGUGAAAUUACUUAAUCUAUAUUUUCAGGGAAUGUGUCAGGGCUACAUGGCUUAACAUCUAUAGUUGUCCACCUGUUCAUUUCCCAGUCAGUAUCAAUGCCAGUCUUUAAGUUCUGGUUCAGAUUGAGACACCUUUGGAACUAUCCAAUCCCCUAGGCUGCAUUUUAUGUGUUGCAGCAACUUAAAUUUCUCUAUAGAUCAAGAUUGUACCACCUCAAACAUUACUUGAAUCAUCUGUCUCAAAUCACUGUAUUACCUUAACACAGCUGGAUGUACGGAAGUGCUCCUUUCAAAUUAGCAUAAAUUUGGCCAAGUUGAUUGGAGAGCAACUUUCAAUGUUUACAAUAAUUUGGAUGCAUCUUGUAUUAACUGUGAGUCUCUUUAAAGCUUUCUCUAUAAAGUA